AUGUCAAAGACUGCCGCCAUCGAAAUGGCGGCUGUUGCUGGACUGAGCCUUAUCCUUACCCACCUUCGCGACCCGGGCCGCACCUCGAACUUUGAGAUUGGCGAGCUCCUUGCCACUACUUUGAGCGCUGGCGAGAAGCUGAUCGCCGUCGGAUACGGUGAUUCUGACACCUGCGAUGGCGUCGCCAGAAUGCUGCAGACGCUUGGCGCUCAGCUUGUAGAUGAGGAUGGACAUUCACUUCCUAUCGCCGCAGGAGGCAAAUCCCUUCUUCGUCUGAGAAACAUUGAUCUUGGCAGUAUCAACAAGCGCGUCAAGGAUGUCACCAUCAAUGUUGCUGUCAACUGGUACAACAUGUUGCCCGGCUCCGAUGGGGUUGCCAGAGUCUUUGCUGUGCAAAGUGCGCCAGUGCUCUGCAGAUGGAGCGGCUUUCUGCAGCGAUAG